AUUUUUCCCAUGUUUUGCAGAUCUUACCAGCUGAACAGAAAGUGAAACUCACCCAAAAGAAGGGGAAAAAAUCAUGAGGCAAAAAACUAACAAGAUGAUCAGUACCAAGAAACUUCUGAAAUUGGCCAAGAAAUGGCAGAAGAUGGCUGCUGUGAGGCGAAGAAGAAUCACAUCAUCACAAAACAUUGGAAGUAUAGAUACUUCAUCAAUAGCUGAGAAAGGCCAUUUUGUUGUGUACUCCACAGAUAAAAAACGUUUCCUUCUUCCCCUGGAAUAUCUUAACAAUGAAAUCAUGAGAGACCUAUUCAACAUGGCAGAAGAAGAGUUUGGAUUGCAAAGUGAGGGGCCACUCACACUAACUUGCGAUGCAGAUCUUAUGGAAUAUGCAAUUUCUCUGAUCAGACAGAACGCUACUAGAGAUGUAGAGAGAGCAUGGCUUGUGUCCAUAGCUAGCAAUUGUUGUUCAUCAUCUUUGCCUUUCCAGCAUCAAGCAACAAGACAUCAAUUACCAAUUUGCAGCUGCUAAAGAGUCACAGUUAGAUUUGUAAAGAUGCAUAUACAAUUGUAAAUUCAUAUUUUUCAUAAAAAUUUCGUUCCUUCCCAAUUAUUGUAAUUCCUCAUAAUUUUCAAAUCACAAAAUGUGAAAUGCUGUGUCCAACGAAUCAACCUACACGCAUCAUUUUAACAUAAGAGAAUCAGUUCAAAAUAUAGAAAAGAGAUUAGGAACCAAAAUUAUAAAUGAUGAGUUAC